CCGUGUUAUAUAUUAGACACACGAAAUAUUAAACUAUAUUACUAUACAGCUACUAAUGUUAUUAACUUGUCAGUAUUUACUUACCAAAUUAAAACAAUAUUACAUUUAUUUUUGUGUGAUUUAAAUAAUUACUGACGGAAGCUUAAUUAAAGCCAAAGUUUUAUCAAAAAAUUGCGGGUGCAAACAGUGGAUAACUGUAAAUAAAAUAAUUCACAUUGUAUUACUAGUUGAUUUUCAAAUUUGUGUCCGAAGAUUUUUUUAUAUAUUUAUACUGCAUCAUUUUGUACGUUGUGCUUUAUAAAAAGUAUAUAAUGAGUUCCAAAAGUGCGAGUACAAAAAAAACAGAUGUUUCGUCGAUCGGAAAAUUAUAUCUCAUAGCAUAUAAUACUGUACAAACAUUAGGAUGGGGAUACCUGUUGUUACAAUCGUUAGUGUAUUUCCUGAAUGGAGGCACUCUGGACCACUAUUGGACUGAAAUCAAGUGGACUGUAGUAACCUUCCAGAAUGCUGCAGUACUUGAGGUAGUGCACGCGGCCACCGGGCUGGUGCCGUCGGGCGUGGCGACGACGCUGGCGCAGGUGUACUCGCGCGUAUUCCUCGUGUGCGGCGCGCUGCUCGCCACCACCGGCGCCGCGCUCAGCCCCGGCCUGCCGCUCUGCGUGCUCGCCUGGUCCAUCACAGAGACCAUCCGAUACGCGUACUACGCCCUCAACCUCGUCAAGUUGGUGCCGCAUUUCCUGCUAGUCACCAGGUAUUCCACGUUCCUGGCGCUUUACCCGCUAGGCGUGACGGGCGAGCUGCUGUGCAUGUACCACGCGCUGGACGAGAUCGCCGAGAGGCAGCUCUGGUCCGUAUCGAUGCCCAACGCUUACAACUUCGUGUUCAGCUACUACCACUUCCUAGUGUUCUACAUGUUCCUGUAUAUUCCUCUAUUCCCCGUACUUUUCGGUCACAUGAUGAGCCAAAGAAGAAAAAUGUUGGGAAAAAACCCGAAGAAAACGCAUUGAUUGAAUGAUGCGGGUUUAUUACAUAAGUAGUUGUUUUUAGCGGAAUUUCUUGAGGCGAUCAAUUAGUUGGCAAUAUGAAUUCCUAUUUAUUAUUUUGAACCUUAAUUGUAAGAAAGCGUUUGCGAAUUGCGAUAUGUAUUAUUUUACUAACAAGUUAGUGACCAUUCUAUGUAAGGAUUGUGUACUGUCUGUGUGACAAAAUUGGAUUAAAAAUAUUAGUGCGCUUUACCGCCACUGUAGCCAAACGUUAGUCGAUUUCAAAACUUUACUUCAGAUCAUUUCAUUUGGCCAUCCAUUCCUAAUGUCCGCAAUAUACUUCGCUGUGCUAUUAGCAAAUAUAUGGCUGCGACACUUUCAUUUGCAAUGUUGACAAAACAGAAGCAAAAUUAAUAUUUCCGCUUAAAGUGCGUACGAGUACCUACCUACUUACCUAGUGUGUUGAUAACAUUCUUUGCGUUUUACAAGCACGAGAACUUCUUUAGUUGUAAUUUUUUGGUGUAACUAGGUUUUUAUUAUUAGUUUAAUUGUGGGUGCAUGUUAGCUUAAGGUAUAUUUGCAUAGUUUAUAGCGCAGUUGCCAUGUGGAUAAUGUCUCAAAGAUACACCCGCGCUAUCUAGUAGGUAGGUGAAGUAUGUCGCGGCGGUUUACACUUUCUCUUGUUGAAAGCAUAUUGCAACGACUCUCUCCGGGGAACUGCAGCCCGCGCAAACGUUUCUUGUAUUUAACAAAGGCAGGCAUUCAAUUAUAAAUAUAAUUAGGUUCGUUGAAGUCCUAUUGUAUUUAAUACUAGUCGCUUUUGUGAAAUGCAAGAAUACCAGAGAAAUCCCUGAUGUACAUCUUAUCUUGUAUGUACCUAACUAAUCUAUAACUAGAUCACGGGAAUUAUCUAGUCGUGAUUUUUAACAAUAAAAUGGUCAUAAACAAAAGCUUAACCAAAGUUUUAUGCAUUAUAAUAAUUUAUUACUACUACUUAAAUAUAAUAUAUGUUAUUAAGAGGUUUUGAAUGAACUUGCACUUCGCUAUCGAUGUUGUUAUGUUUGGUAUCGCGCGGGUCGGGUGGUCCCGG